CUGAAUCCCCUAAAUUCCUGGCCAGUAUUCCCACUGGGUUCCAUCCUGCCGGUAUAAAGCCUAGGAAAUCAUUCCCCCCGUCCUCCUUUCCCUGAUUCCUUUAAGGAUCCCUGCCUUUCUGCAUGCACACGCUAGGGUUGUAACAUUCAUUUAAAUAUCUACAUCUAAAGCUGUGCAGGCAGUCUCCUAAGCAUGUUUUAGCUAUCAUGGGACAAGCUUUGCAGUUUUCUCCUGUGCUUCUAAUAUCCUGCACUUAGCUUGGAAAGGAAAGAAAAAAAAAAAAAAAAAAAAAAAAAGCCCCACAGACUUCCUUAGAAACAUGAUCUGUGAUUUGUUAAAGACAGUCCUAACAUAGAUUUUUAUUUUUUCCUCCUAGGUUUUACCAAGACACAGCGCACCUAACGCUGAACUUGGAUCAUCUCCUGUUCAUCCGCUUGAAGAAUCCUGACAGCCCCCAGAAACUGACCCUUGACCUGAAAGGAAGAGCUGUGACAAAUGGACAAUAUGUCUAUUACUAACACGCCUACAAGUAAUGACGCCUGUCUGAGCAUUGUUCACAGCUUGAUGUGCCAUCGACAAGGUGGAGAGAGCGAAACUUUUGCCAAGCGAGCCAUUGAGAGCUUAGUUAAAAAGCUGAAGGAGAAAAAAGAUGAAUUGGAUUCUUUGAUUACAGCCAUCACCACAAACGGAGCUCACCCUAGCAAGUGUGUUACAAUUCAGAGAACGCUGGAUGGGAGGCUUCAGGUGGCUGGCCGCAAGGGAUUCCCUCACGUGAUUUACGCCCGUCUCUGGAGGUGGCCUGAUCUUCAUAAAAAUGAACUCAAGCACGUUAAAUAUUGUCAGUACGCCUUUGACUUGAAAUGUGACAGUGUCUGUGUGAACCCUUACCAUUAUGAGCGUGUGGUGUCGCCUGGCAUCGAUCUCUCGGGACUGACCCUGCAGAGCUCAGCUCCCUCCAGCAUGCUGGUCAAGGACGAGUACGUUCACGACUACGAGGGGCAGCCGUCGCUGUCGUCGGCCGAGGGCCACUCGGUGCAGACCAUCCAGCACCCUCCCACCAACCGCGCCCCCUCCGAGCCCUACAGCGCCCCGGCCAUGCUGGCCCCCGCCGAGGCCAGCACCACCAGCACCACCAACUUCCCCAACAUUCCCGUGGCCUCCACAAGUCAACCUCCCAGUAUAUUGACAGGUAGCCAUAGUGAUGGACUCUUACAGAUUGCUUCAGGGCCCCAGCCAGGAACUCAGCAGAAUGGGUUCACAGCUCAGCCAGCCACUUACCACCACAACAGUACCACCAGCUGGACGGGGAGCCGGACGGCCGCCUACACCCCCGCCAUCCCCCACCACCAGAACGGGCACCUGCAGCACCACCCGCCCAUGCACCCCGGGCACUACUGGCCGGUUCACAACGAGCUCGCAUUCCAGCCUCCGAUCUCGAACCAUCCUGCCCCAGAGUACUGGUGUUCCAUCGCCUACUUUGAGAUGGACGUGCAGGUCGGGGAGACGUUCAAGGUCCCUUCCAGCUGUCCCAUUGUCACCGUGGAUGGCUACGUGGAUCCCUCUGGGGGAGAUCGCUUCUGCCUGGGCCAGCUGUCCAACGUGCACAGGACAGAGGCCAUCGAGAGAGCGAGGCUGCACAUCGGCAAAGGGGUUCAGCUGGAGUGCAAGGGUGAGGGCGACGUCUGGGUGCGCUGCCUGAGCGACCACGCCGUGUUCGUGCAGAGCUAUUACCUGGACAGGGAGGCAGGCCGUGCCCCGGGGGAUGCUGUCCACAAAAUAUACCCAAGUGCAUAUAUCAAGGUGUUCGACCUGCGCCAGUGCCACCGCCAGAUGCAGCAGCAGGCGGCCACCGCCCAGGCGGCCGCCGCAGCCCAGGCUGCAGCCGUGGCUGGGAACAUCCCCGGGCCGGGCUCCGUCGGGGGAAUCGCCCCGGCCAUCAGUCUGUCGGCAGCGGCCGGCAUCGGCGUGGACGACCUGCGGCGCCUGUGCAUCCUGAGGAUGAGCUUUGUGAAGGGCUGGGGGCCCGACUACCCACGGCAGAGCAUCAAGGAGACGCCGUGCUGGAUCGAGAUCCACCUGCACCGUGCCCUGCAGCUGCUGGAUGAGGUGCUGCACACCAUGCCCAUCGCUGACCCCCAGCCCCUGGACUGACCCUGCUCCUCCUCCUCCUCCUCCUCCUGCUGCUGCUGCUCCGGGGUCCCGCUGUGCUCAGCAGGCUGCCUUGUAAAAUACGGUUCUGUUUAUAACCUGAAGAUAUAUUUUACUUUCCCCCCCCCCCCCCCCUCUUCUGCUUAACCUCCUGACUGAAAACAGGUUUUAAAAAUGUGUUUGCCGCCUUGCUCUUAGCAGAAAAAGAAUCUGGACGUGAAGGAUUUGGGUUUCAGCUGUUUUCCAGAGCUCAAUAGUUAUAAAUUACAGGGCCUGAAGUGGAAGGUAAAUGCUUUGUAGAGACUUCACAGUAUUGGGUUUGUCCCCUUUGAAACCUCUCCUUCCCUAUUACAUCUGGGUGAUCACGGGAGCCUUUUGUAUGCAGAAUAUAUAUUACAUAUAUAUAUUUAUAUCUGAAAAUUCCUUCUAGUAGUUAAAAACAUUUACCUUGUAGCGACUUUAAAAUUCCAGCUGAUUUGCGAUAUCCUGUUUAGGGAGCAGUAGUUAACAGAACACUUCUUUAUUUUGUUGAUGAUCACGUUACGAUUUUUCCAGGUUAAAGCCUAGCAGCUGCCAAAAAAAAAAAGUGAGGGGAUGACACACGUUGUUGGCAUUGAUCAAAAAACUUUGUUAGUUCAAAAAAAAAAAACAAAAAACAAAAAACAUCCUAGAUUUUUAUUUAUAUAGUCAUGUGAGUUUUAAAACACUAAAGGAAAUGGAUACUUUUUAGUGCUGGCACUCAGUUUAAGGUGAAACACCCAGCCUGCAACUUUGCCACUGAAAUUGCAUCAUGAGUGCCUAAUGCCAGGAACAUGUUUUCAUAAUUACUACUGACCUCUAUGAUUUUACUCAAAAAAAGAAAAAAAACCCACAAAAAAGCCAAAAAAAAAAAAGAAAAAUCCAAAAAAACCCAACAAAACAAACAAAAAGAAAAACCCUCAGCAUGUAUUACAGAUAAAUUUGCAUGACUUUUUACUUGCAUAUAUCAUGGAAGUGUGUAUGGUAAUCCCAUCAGUGUUUAGGACUGGGGUUUUUUUUUUUUCUUUUUCUUUUUGUUCUUUUUUUUUUUUUUUUUUUUUUUUUUGUUUGUUUGUUUUGUUUUUUUUGUACCUGUUCACCAUUUCCACUCAGGGCAAGAUGGCAAACCUGUUUUUAUACCUCCUGGUUAUUUUAUCCCUCUGCCAUCGGCGACUGCAUCAACUGGCAAUGGCUUCCAGGGAGAGCUGCCUGCAGGGCACACGGGUACAGCCCCUCUGCUUUUCUCCAGCUACUGGUACCAAUAAAAGGGUGGAAACCCCCCUUUGGGAAAAUUCAGUUUGCUCCUGGUGUGUCCCUGCACCUUGGAGCUGUUUAGUCUGGGACACAGAGCCAGAAAUCGAUCCCCGUUUGGUUUUCCCUCCUCCCCGUUUCCAUUAAUUCCGUUGUUUUCCCUGUCGCCUCCCUCCCUCCCUCCCUCCCUCCCUCGGGCUAGCUCUUAACGAGGUCACUCUCAGUGCUCCCUCUCAGGUGGAGCAGAGCAGGUUUUGGCUCCAAAGAUGUUUGGUAUUUUUUAGCUUUUUUUUUUUAUUACUAUUAUUUUAUUUUUUUUUCCGUGGCAAACCUGCACCCCUGGCUGGGUGCCAAACUCGGGCAAGAGGCUGGUUCAGCCCUGCUGCUGCGUUCUGAAAGAAUUCUGUCUGUCAAGGAGAGGAUUUUUUUUUUUUUUUUUUUUUUUUUUUUUUUGCAGUGGAGUAAAUGGAUGGCCCGAAAUGCUCAGAAUGGGACAAAAUAAUAUCUGAUGAUUUUAUUACAGGAAGUCACUCUGUUUGUGUGUGUGUGUGCCUGCAUCCGGAGAAGUCAGAGGCCGUAAAAGAUUCAUCUUCUCCACCAAACAGUUCCCAAAAGGGUGCACAAAGUAAAACGUGACAAUCCUACUCUUAGUUUUUAACAUGCUGUCAAAUUACCUUUUGUAUUUUUCACGACAAGGCAUGAAAGGCAGCACGGGAUGGGCUGGGGCCCGCUCAGCAGCACACACCGAGUUCUUGACAGGCUUUAUUUGUGUCUGAGAGCUGGGAGAGGGCUGCAGCUCCCUGACAGCUGUGCAGUGUCCAGGAUGCAGGAAUUGUCUCCCCCAGCUCAGGAUCGCUCACGCCCAGGUAUCCCAGCAGGGACUGGAUUCAGCUGGCACCCUCCAGUGCUCAAUUCCAGAGGAGACGGCUGUUCCUUCCAUCCCUUCCGUGGGUUUGGUGAGCUCCAGCUGUGCUGGGGGGCUGGGAUAAACAUCCCAGUGACAGCUCUGGGCCCAUGGAGAGCACCCCGAGUGCUGUGACAGCCCUGGAGCUCGGGAAGGGACAGGGACAGGGACAGGGACAGGGACAGGGCCCUCCUGCCGGGAACUCUGCCAGCACACACAGCAGUGGCUCCUGCUGCCAGACCCUGCCCUGCUCACCCCAGAGACAUCCUGGGUCUGUCCCCCCAGGGAAGGGCUGGCCGUGUCACUCCUGUUCCUGCUGGGAAGUGUGGGGAGCAGACAGCACUGCCAGUCCUCUGUCACGGAGACAGUGGGACCCAGCACACAGCCCCUGCUCUGAGUGUGCCCAGACCCGGUGUGAGAAAUGCUCUGGGUGUGCCCAGACCCGGUGUGAGAAAUGCUCUGAGUGUGCCCAGACCCGGUGUGAGAAAUGCUCUGGGUGUGCCCAGACCCGGUGUGAGAAAUGCUGUGUGCUGCCUCCCUGCCCUGCUCACGUCCACACCACGAGAAUCUGUUCUCUGGAGUCUCUCGGGGCUCUCUCUCUGGAGUCUCUGGGGCUCUCUGGCCGGGUGUUUUUAGGGUGGGUUUCUGAGAGGUCCCGGCCGUGUUUCCCUGGCUGGGCAGUGCUGUGCUGCUCGGGCGGGCAGCAGCCUUUCUGCAGCCCCGUGUGCAGGAUCCCAGCGUCUCCUUGGGCCGUGCCGCCCGCCCCGGUGUCUCCCGUUGGUGGCAGGGGGGUUUGUGAGCGUUGUCCAGGCUGCGAUGUGCUGCCCGGGGGUCCCUGGAGACACCUUUGCUGUCGCUUGGGGAGAGCAGAACCGCGGCGGAGAGCACCCCAAAGAGCACCCCACCCUCCGUUCUGCUGCUGUGCCUUGAGAGGGGAGCGCGGCUCCCAGACCCGCAGGGUUCCCACACCAACACCAGCUCGUGCUUUCUGGCUCCAGGACAUUUUAAUGAGGUUCGGUAGCACCCCAAAGUUGUGAUUCAGCUGGAUUGAGAGCUGUGAAGUACCCGUAACCCGAAAAUCACCCUGAGGGGGUUUUCAGGUGCGGAAACCCAGUUAAGCGUUUGAUUUCUUCAGCCAUUGCCUUUUGAUACGCUGUCACCAGAAUUCCCAGUAGUUCCUUUGUAGCUUCCUGUAUGUUUUUCAUUAGACCUAGUUUGUGGAUAAUAUACUGUAGCUAACUUUCCUGAAAUUCUGUAACAGAGUAUGUUUUUGAUUAAAAAAGGUAAAGAUUCAA